GUUCCCCGGAGCCCGAGUGUGCGCUCGCCCGGGAAGGGUCCCGGCCCCGCGCUCGCUCCGCGCGCUCAGGGCUACUCGCCGAGGGCCGGGCCGCCUCGCAGGUUCAGCCUCUGCCCCGGCGCCCCGCUGGCAGGUGCUGGCCAGCCCGGCUCCCCCGCUGUCGGCCUUCCCUUUGGGUCCCGGCGCCCCCCCGCCAUCCCCGGCGGGCCGCACUGCCGCCGCCUCCCGCCCGCUCCGCUCCCGCCCCCGCCCCCGGCGCGCUGCCCGGCGGGCUCACUCCUCGGCGGGGCGCGCGACGGGCGGACUCGGCUGCGGACAUGGCCCGGGGCCUGCGCGGCCUCCCGCGGCGCGGCCUCUGGCUGCUCCUGGUGAGCCACCUCUUCAUGGCCACCGCCUGCCAGGACGCCACCUUCAGCACCCUCCUCCACGAGCUCUGCCUCUCCCAGUUCCAGGUGGACAUGGAGGCCGUCGGGAGGCCGCUGUGGUGCGACUGGGGCAAGACCAUCGGGAGCUACGAAGAGCUCUCGGACUGCACCAGGCACGUGGCGCAGAAGCUGGACUGCUUCUGGCCCAACGCGGCGGUGGACAGGUUCUUCCUCUCCGUCCACCGGCACUACUUCAGAGACUGCCCCGUCUCAGGCAGGGCCUUGCAGGACCCGCCCAGCAGUGUCCUCUGCCCCUUCAUCGUGGUGCCCAUCCUGGUGACCCUGCUCGUGACGGCACUGGUGGUCUGGAGGAGCAGGCGCCUGGAGGGCAUCGUGUAGGCUGGGGGCUCCCGCGCCCAGCAGGGGAGGGGGAGGGCUGUCGCUCAUGGAGGCUGCCGGGCAGGCCAGAGUGUGGGCGUGGGGGCCGAGCCUGGCCAAGUCUUCUGGGACUCCAGUGGCAGAGUAGACCCCCGGUCCCCUCUUCUUCUACCCGAGAAGAGCUCACAGCAGGAUUCUGGCGUGGUCACGGCACAGGCAUUGACCUAGAAGCCACCCUAGGAAGGGCAGCCCAGGUGCUGGGAGGGAGCAGAGCGUAGCUGUCAGUGUUUCUGGGGAGGGUUCUGAGCUGUCUCCCAAGGUGUUUAUGAACCACCCCCUGGCUCGAUCAUGGAUAAGUAGUUUGUGAUUAAAGGAUGUCCUUGAA